AUGGAACAACCUCCGGUUUUCCGCAUACUUCCAAUUCGGGAUGAUGAAGAUGAUGAAGAAAUGCUACAAGAAAAUGGUGGCGAUUAUGAUGGCGAUGAUGAUAACGACGAUGACCCUGAUGGUAAUGACGUGAAUUACAUACGGAUAUUAAUUGGCCGAGAACUCGCCACCGAUCGACUUAACGAUCAACAAGUUGAAGGACUUGUCAAUGACAAUUGGAAUCAACAAAUUCGAACUCGUGCAAUCCGUUACAUUCGUAGAACAGGGCGAAUUUUUCAAUUUAGCAGACGAACACUUUACAGAUCAGUGAUAUAUCUGGACAGAUUUCUUGCCUAUCGAGUAAUAGCUAAUGGGCAGCUCUGGGCAGUGAGGUUAAUAGCAGUGGCUUGUUUAUCAUUGUCUGCAAAAAUGAAUGACAAUAUCGAUGAUGUGCCACCAUUAUCAGACUAUCCAGUAGGAGCUUACAACAUUAGUGUGAAUGCCAUACAGAGAAUGGAGAUUUUGGUUCUUGUUGAUUUCAACUGGAAUAUGAAUUGUGUGACUCCUUUUGAUUUCAGAAUUUUUUUCGUAUCAAGAUUCUGCAGAGAUGCUACAAGAUUAGACAUAACUAGAAUAACAACUGCUCGAAUCAUCAUGAGUGCGUUAAGAGAUUUGAGGUUAAUGAAUCAUAGACCAUCUGUAAUAGCAGCAGCUGCAACAUUAGUAGCAGUAAACAGAGAUUUCACCAUACAAGAAUUGGUGAUUGAGAUAAAUGCUUUGCCUAUAAAUGGAUUUCUUCAAAUUGCUGAUGUGAGUUACUGCUACAAUAGAAUGCUAGAGCUGAACAUUUGAGGAUGAUGACAAACAAUCCCAGC